AUGGCAAGCACACUUCCAGCCCUGGCCAUUCCAGGCCAACGUCUGGGCCCAGUGACCUCCUACACAGCCGGUCCAGGCACCCACGUACAACAGUCCAAUGUCUACGCCUCCAUCGCCGGCCCAGUCGUCGUUGAACCGGCGCAACCAGGCUCCAAAGCCAAGGCUACUCUAAGCGUCUCUCGUUCCAUCAAGGCUCCUGGAACAGGCAAUGCCCCCAAACCCGUACCCACAGCAGCUGGCGCCAAACCCAAACAGAAAUAUAACACCCUCCCCGCAGUCGACUCAGUGUGCUUGCGCGCCACCCAGGGUGUCAAUCCCUCACAGACGACAUCCGAUAACGACAACAUCGAAGCGAUUCUCUCGUCCGCCGCCAAUCCCGAGAACCAUAGUAGUUCCGACGAGCUCCGCUUCCAGGCUCUUAUCCGGAAGGAAGAUGUGCGUGCUGUUGAGAAGGACCGCGUCGUGAUGGACGAGAUGUUCCGCGUUGGUGAUAUUGUGCGUGGAACUGUUAUCUCCCUCGGUGACCAGAGUUUCUACUAUUUGACGACUGCACGCAACGACCUGGGCGUUGUUAUGGCUCGUAGCGAAGCCGGCAAUAUGAUGUUCCCCGUUAGCUGGAAGGAAAUGAGAGAUUCGGUCACUGGUCAGGCGGAGUUGAGGAAGGUGGCAAGACCGUUUUGA